CCCCCCCCCCCCCGCCGCGCGAUGGCCGCCCUCCCCGUCGCGCCUCCGCCGGCCGCGGCGGACGACGAGAUCGUCUACGAGUCCAUGCCCUGCAUCCGCAUCUACAAGAACCGCGUGGAGCGCUACUUCGGCUCCGAGUUCGUCGCCGCCUCCACCGACGCCGCCACCGGCGUCGCGUCCAGGGACGUCGUCAUCUCCCCCAACGUCUCCGCGCGCCUCUACCUCCCGCGCCUCGAGGACGGGGCCGCCAAGCUCCCCGUCCUCGUCUACUACCACGGCGGCGGCUUCUGCCUCGGCUCCGCCUUCAACCCCACCUUCCACGCCUACUUCAACAGCUUCGCGGCGCUCGCCAACGUCCUCGUCGUCUCCGUCGAGUACCGCCUCGCCCCCGAGCACCCCGUCCCCGCCGCCUACGCCGACUCCUGGGAGGCCCUCGCCUGGGUCGUCUCCCACCUCGCCGGUCCCGCCAACGACGGCAAGGACCCGUGGGUCGCGGGCCACGCCGACUUCUCCCGCCUCUACCUCGGCGGCGAGAGCGCGGGCUCCAACAUCGCGCACCACAUGGCGAUGCGCGUCGCCGCGGAGGGGCUGCCCCACGGCGCCCAGAUCCGGGGCCUCGUCAUGAUCCACCCCUACUUCCUGGGCACCGACAAGGUGCCCUCCGACGACCUCGACCCCGUGGCGCGCGAGAGCCUGGGCUCCCUGUGGCGCGUCAUGUGCCCGGCCACCACCGGCGAGGACGACCCGCUCAUCAACCCCUUCGUGGACGGCGCGCCGCCGCUGGCGUCCCUGGCGUGCGGCCGCGUGCUCGUGUGCAUCGGCGAGGGCGACGUGCUCCGCGACCGCGGCCGCGCCUACUACGACCGGCUCAGGGCCAGCGGCUGGCAAGGCGAGGCCGCGAUCUGGCAGGCGCCCGACAAGGGCCACACGUUCCACCUCCUGGAGCCGUGCUGCGACGAGGCCGUCGCGCAGGACAAGGUCAUCAGCGACUUCCUCAACCGCUGACUCGCCUCAUCUCGCCGCCGGCGGUGGCGUAUACGCGGCAAUCGGAUUGAAUAACUGCAGCUUCGUCGCCGAUGAAUGCUGCUGCGCUGCACUACUUACUAGUCUGUUUCAGAUUCAGAAAUUGUGCCUCUGUUCUUUGCAAGGGGGAUUGCCAUUGUUGGGAGGCAUUGGUGUUGUAUUGCUUUGGAAAUUAGGGGAUGCUGAUACAGUCAUAGUGUCAUACAGAUGAAUUAUACUUGUUGGACGCACAGAAAUUGAUGAAACAUCGAUUUGAUCUUCGAUUA